AUGCAGUGGGAGAAACAUGGCUUUGCAACGAAAAUUCAAGCAGCUCGCGCAGAGAACUCCUCUGAAGCUGCUUCCCUUAAUGGAAACAAGGCUCUGACACCAAUAAUUGCUGGCAGCGUAUGUGGAGGUGUGCUGGCCAUCGCAUGGAUUGUCGGCCUCAUUUGGUUUCUACUUAAACGCCGCAAAUCGAAAAAUCGGAAUCCUCCCAAAGAGACCAAUGAGAUGGAACCAUACAUUAUACCCCCGGAUCCAGCCAUCAUGCAAGGAGACAAGGAACUCAACCAGCACAGUGUACCCAUAUCCGUCUAG